CCUGGCUGCGGGGGCGGGCGGUGCUGCGCGCUCCGCUCCGCUCGGCGCUGCCGCACCGCACGGCGGGCCGGGCGCUGCUGCUCCUGCUGCUGCUGCUCCUGUUCGUGCUGUUGCCGGCGGCGCUCGGCGCGGCCGGGCCUGCGGCUGCUCAGCCCCGGCGGCACGAGGAGGAGCGGGAGGAGAGCGCCGGAGAGAGAGAGAGGCAGGCGUCGGACCCCGCGGCGGCGCUGCCGCGAUCGCCCCGCUCGGCUCCCCCAUGGCCGCGGGCUGCAGGGACGGCCCGGGGCAGGAGAAGUACCGGCUGGUGGUGGUGGGCGGCGGCGGCGUGGGCAAGUCGGCGCUCACCAUCCAGUUCAUCCAGUCCUACUUUGUGACGGAUUAUGACCCAACCAUUGAGGACUCCUACACCAAGCAAUGUGUGAUAGACGAGAGAGCCGCACGCUUGGACAUUCUGGAUACAGCAGGACAAGAAGAAUUUGGAGCCAUGCGUGAGCAGUACAUGAGGACAGGGGAGGGCUUUCUGCUUGUUUUCUCAGUCACAGAUAGAGGAAGCUUUGAAGAAAUCUACAAGUUUCAGCGACAGAUUCUUAGAGUGAAAGAUCGCGAUGAGUUUCCAAUGAUUCUCGUUGGUAAUAAAGCAGAUCUGGACCACCAAAGACAGGUGACACAAGAGGAAGGCCAGCAGCUGGCACGGCAACUUAAAGUAAUCUACAUGGAAGCCUCAGCAAAAAUCAGAUUGAAUGUAGACCAAGCUUUUCAUGAACUUGUCAGAGUUAUAAGGAAAUUUCAGGAACAAGAGUGCCCUCCUUCACCAGAGCCAACACGGAAAGAAAAAGACAAGAAAGGCUGCCAUUGUGUUAUUUUCUGAGAAUCCCAAGAACCAAGCUAUCAACUGCCAGAUCAUUUUUUUUCUUUCCAUCAUUUUACAUCACUUCUGGUAUUGGUCUAGCCUUAUAUGUGCAUGUCCUAAAAGUGGUCACCAGAAUAGCCUUAGUCCAAGAAGCUGGCAGAAUAGUUCUUGAAGAAGACUCGGUCAUCCUGGGGCAGACUUCAAACCAAAACACUAAGGCUGCUUCUCUAAUACCACAGUUCCUUCCUUCUCUCCCUUCAGAGCUUGCACCUUGUGGAGUUUUAUUCGCAAAGGAGAUGAAACAAAACCAUGUAGGACGAGGUGUUGAAGUCAUGCAUAAGUUGUCUCUUGUGAAUUAAUUUAUUUUUACUUCUGACAUUUCAUUAGCUAUUACAGAGACCUAUAUUGGAGUAUAGAGAAUACUUUUUAAAAAAGGGGUGGAUUGGCUUUUUUUUGUUUGUUUGCUUCUGCCCUCAGUUAAAUUAGACUUGAGUAUUCAGCUAGCCUUAAGAAACCUACACUGAAUUUCAUUGUCAGCAAAAAUUUUCAUCUCUCAUUUAUGCUGCAGUUUUAUUUCGGUGGCCAAAACAUUCUACUGUAUUUAUUUUUUGAAUCCAGAACAGCUACAGGAUGAUUACUACUACUCUUAGGAUAUGGCCAAAUACCUGAGCUCAUUCUGGAUUGAGGCAUUUCAGCUUAUUAAGAAAUUUCACAUUAUGUUUGAAAACAAAUUGUGUCUUCCUUUGUAUUUCUGGGUAAGGGAUUAAGGAAAACUAAAAUUGUAGCUGUUUUUGUUUCAUGUGAUAUAAAAACGAAUUUGAUCUUUCCAUUGUCAGAGAUGAUUAAAUGUUUUUGCUAUAUACUUUUAUACAUUAUUUUCUUAUCAAACUAGUUAACAAGUAUUUUUAUAUGUUUGUAAGCAAAUAUGCUUUCACAGCAUAACUUGUGUAUAUGUAAAGAUGAGUAUUUAAUUCUCACAGUUCACUUUUAACUGACAAAAUGUGGGAUUUGCCAAACUGUGGUAAAUUUCUCCUUACUCUCCUGGUUAUCCCCAAGAGUGGCCAAUUAUGUGCCUGCCCAGCACACCUAUAGAGUAAAAUCUAGUGUUGUGUUUUAAUGAAUUUCAGUAUCCCUUAUUAAAGACUGACCAUUAUGUGAAUUAUUAAACUGUAAGACUUUUAACUGAUUGUUUAGUUAAACUGUGGAUGGUUGUUUAAAUUUGAGUUCUGUGGAUUGUGUUUAAACAAUUCAAGAGUAUGGUCCCUGAUAUUGAAAUACUGAGUGGUAUUGCACAGUUGUCACCUUAACUGAAUGUGUCCAACAGUUCUUUGAAACUUGAUUAUUAAGCAAACCCUUGUAUAACUUCAGGUGCUAGAAUUAAAGAUGAUCUAACCAU